CAAACGUGCAAAAGUGGCUUUAGGGUUGUUCAUGUAUUGUUGAUUUAGAGGCUCGGCUAUAUUGACAAUAAAAUAGAUUAUGUACUCUUCUUUCUGUGCAUAUGAUUAAUAAAGACAUACAUAUGCCAACAGAGCCAUUUUAACGUGUGGUGUUAAUGGUACUGUGAUUACUAAUAGAUGGACAGCACGGUUGUUAGAUCCUCUGAUAAGCAAUUACAGCGCUGUUUUGGCUUACUAAGUAAGCGUAUGACUGGGUUUUUGGUUCAGAGGAUGUCCAACUGUUUGUACCGGUCCCGCACAAUCACGGCAUAUGAAGCACAGGUUGUCACAUCCCAGCCAACCGACAUGCAGAAAGCUUCCAGGCUGAUACAGAUUGUCAUUAAAAAAGGCCAAAGCGCAUGCAGUUCGUUCCUCACAUGCCUUGGAAUUUGUGACCCAGUGUUGUAUGAGAACGUUACAGGAUUUCAAGCACAAUUUAGUCAAGAGGACCGUCAACAUGUAGAGCAAAUUCCUCUCUCAGAAAAAUUGCAAUUUACACCGUAUAUUAUAACCAUACAAAACUCUUCCCUGACCAACUGUAUUAUUGGGAACAACAAUAGCCAAUGCAUUACCUGUGACCAGCAUUCUUUGCUUGCUCAGAAUGAUGCAAUCAGUGUGAAUGAAAUGCCGGACAGUCAGAGCCAUGACCAGCUGAUCCCAGAGGGGGAUGCAAUAAGUAGCAACAGCGUUCACAUGGAGAGAUCCAACAUAGAAUAUGUUAUUAUAGGCGACGGCAAUAAUAUGACGGUCACUGAGAGUUCGGAGGUUGAGGAGGAUACAGAAAUUGACCCUGAGGUGAUUGGUUAAAAGCUGUGAAAUAUUGAGCAGGAGGGCAGACCCACAGUUUUGGAGAGUUGCAGGUUGUUAACUCGCCUUUCCGGGCCUGACCUAUGAUUGUGCGCUGGAAGCAUAAUAUAUAUUCAGGUCCUCAGCAGAUGCUGUCAAACGCACUGAAAACUUGUGGAUUUUUCUAAACCUGUGUGCCUUGAGGUGGCGAUGAUAUUUGGUAUUGCCUUAAUUGCUACUGAACAUGACUGCUACUGACUGUUUCUCAUGUUUUAAUGGGUACACCAAUAUUUAUUUGUUCAGCAGAAAUGUAUGAAAGUUAAUAUGUUGACUGACAUUUCAAUCAUUGUUAUUCAGUCUUUUAUAAGCUUUCUGUAAUUAUACCUAAGCAAUGUUUACAGUCGUGUGUCUUUCAGUAAUAUUUGUAUAUAUAACUUAACUUAAAAUAUCUACUGACAUUUUGAUGGAGAUACUCCUGAUGUUUCAGCAGAUAUUCCGUAGUAACAUCUCUGUAUUCUUUAUUUUUUUUUAUUUCUAUUUUUUUUAUAUUACUAGGUGAUCCAACCCGUAAGGUACUGUACAGUCAUUUUAUGUACUAGAGGAAGGCAUGUAGCUGACACAUUUGUGUUUUUGAAAUAAAUGUGAAUUAAAGCA